UACUACACUUCCGCAAAGUUUCCAGUUGCUGGAGACUCGGCUUGUUUGGGAUUCAGAGGUUUCAGACGCACAGGAAUUCAUUUGAACAACCAUGAGUGAAAUAAAACCGAACGACGCGCCUUCAGCGGAUGCAAACGGCGAGGAACAAGACUGGGCAGCGGCCAAAGCUUUUUUUGACAACCUAAAAACAAAGAAACCGAGACCUCCCAAACCCCGGUAUGCUGUCACCAUCGCCGUGUCCUCUCGCACCCUCUUCAACAUGGUAGCAGAGAGGAAGAUCUACGAGGAGGAAGGAGUCGAGAAGUAUGUGGUUUAUCAGCAGGCGCACGAAAACGAGCCUCUGAAGCCAGGAGCUGCUUUUCCCUUUGUCAAAGCUCUGAUGAAUGUCAACUCUCGUCUGCGGGAGCUCUACCCAGACAGCGAGGAGCUGUUUGACAUCGUCUUAAUGACUAAUAACCAUGCCCAGGUCGGCGUGCGCCUCAUAAACAGCAUCAAUCACUACGAUCUGACCAUAGAGAGGUUCUGUAUGACGGGAGGGCAAAGUCCCAUUGGUUACCUGAAGGCCUACAUGACGAAUCUUUACCUCUCCAAAGACUCGGAGAAAGUCACAGAUGCCAUAGAGGAAGGAAUCGCCGCGGCCACAAUGUUCGCGCGGGAAUCGGAGAUCGAGCUGAGCGAGACUCAGCUGAGGGUGGCGUUCGAUGGCGACGCCGUCCUCUUCUCGGACGAGUCGGAGAUCAUCGUGAAGCAGCACGGCCUGGACACUUUCUUCGAGCACGAGAAGCAGCAUGAGAACAAACCUCUCGCUCAGGGCCCCUUAAAGUGCUUCCUGGAGGCCCUGGGGAAGCUCCAGAGAAAAUUCUACGCCAAGGACGAGCGCAUGAACUGUCCCAUCCGAACCUUCCUGGUGACGGCCCGCAGCGCCGCCAGCUCCGGGGCCCGCGUCCUGAAGACCCUCCGCAGCUGGGGCCUGGAGAUCGACGAGGCCCUCUUCCUGGCGGGGGCUCCUAAGGGGCCCCUGCUGCAGAAGAUCAAACCACACAUCUUCUUCGACGACCAGAUGUUCCACAUCGAGGGGGCCAAGGAACUGGGAACCAUAGCCGCGCACGUCCCCUACGGGAUCGGACAGAAGUACCACAAAGGGAAACUCAUUGAGCAGCCGGCGAAAAAGGAGUAAAACACACACUACGACGUCAUCUGCAUAGAAACGGUUUGCUCCACAUUAAAUUCUUAUUGUCUUUUUUUAUAAGAUUUAGUUAAUUGGUAAUACACUCGAUAAGUGUUUUUUUUAAAGGUGGAUGUAAGGGUUAUUCAAGGUGCCAUAUACUGUUUUGGAAGAGAACUGCACUCAACAACUUUUAACCAUAUCUGUUGCCCUGUUAUACCUCUUACUGAUUGAACAAGUUUACUCAUGAAAUGUGAGUUUAUGUAAUUUUCUUUACAUUUUUAGACCAUAAACCCUUUUCUUAGUUUGAAGUAAAAAUACACCAGGCUAGUCCAGUCUGGCAAUAAUCUCAGAUGUUUAAGUGGACUCAAUAAUAUUUGGGCUUAAAUGUAUAAAAAAGGGACAUUUUACAGAGUGGACGUGCUUUUCCUUACACUGAUGCUGUAUUUCUGUGUUUACUGUUCUUGCUGCUGAUGCGCACAAACAACAUGAAACUGUAUGUUUCUUUCCUCAAACUUUUGUUCUGCAGGUUACACUUUUGUGUUAAACCUGUGCAUUGUUUUUGUUUUUUGUUUUUUUUUUUUUUUUUGUCGGAUUCACUACAUGUUCCCAGCAUAGCAUGUAUUUUACACUUUUUAAAAAAUGUCAACAUCUGCACAACUAAAUAUUUUUCGUGGGAACACUGUUACAUCAGUCUUGCACCUCUCUAUUUUUCUAUGCAAUUGCACAGGGCACCGUGGAUGUGGUUGGUUGAAUAAAGUAAUGUGGUAGAACCCCA